CCUUCAGAAGAGCUGCAGAAAAUGGAAAACCUCAAUAAAGAUCUCAUAGCUCGAAGGGAGUCUGUCGAGCGUCUCUGUCAGGAGGCCCAGGCUCUGUCUGAAUCAGGCCGGGGUUCUGGAGGAGAGGUCAGGGUGACGGGCCAGCUCCAGAUGGAGUAUCAGGCUCUGCUGAAGACGGCCAGAGAGAAGCUACGGGUCUGCCAGGAGAACCAGGCCUUUGGAGACACCCUCCAGGGAGUUUGGGCCUGGCUGGAGGAGAUCCAGGAGCGUCUUGGUACAGUAGACAGCACAAUGGGAACUAAGGAGCAGCUAGAGCAGAGACUGGAGGCUGUGCAGGACAUCCUCCUUUUGAAGGGAGAAGGGGAGGUGAAGCUGAACAUGGCGAUGGGUAAAGCAGAGCUUGCCCUGCGCGGCUAUGGAGCCGCAGGACAGGAAGUGGUCCGGUCUCAGCUACAGGAAGUGGAAGAUGCCUGGGCCACGCUGCUCGUCACUGCCAUGAGCUGCCACAGUCGAUUAGAGUGGACUGUGUCUCAGUGGGGGGGAUACCUCGAGAGCGCUGCUCAGCUGCAGAGUUGGAUGGAGGCUGUCAGGCGUGAGGUGUGCACCCCUCUCCCACCGCAGCCUGGACCCAGAGAGAAGGCCUCCCAGUUAGAGAGACUCAGAGCUCUGGUGGCCGACCUAGAAGACCACCAGAUGGCGCUCUCCAGCCUGGAAGAGAAAGCCAGGGAGCUUUUCAAGAAGACAGGUGAUGCCAGCUUCAACCAUGGGGCUCGCACCCAGCUGCAGGUGCAGUUUGAUCAUCUCACAGCUUUGGUGGAGGAGAGAGUACAUCUAGCACAGGGCGUGGUGUUGGAGCACCAGGACUACCUGGAGGCUGUUCGGGAUCUUACCGAUUGGUUGAUGACCGCAGGCGAGGAGCUACAGCACUGGUCUGAUACAUCUGGAGAUUCUGCCUCCAUCAGGAAGAAACUGUCAAAAGUGAAGGAGCGUGUAAAGUGUCGACUCAUGGAGGGCCGCGAGCGCCUCAGCCGGGUCCGUCGCAGCGCAGCGACCACAGCAGAGCACACAGCAGCAGGAGGCUGCGAGGCCAUGGAUCGCCAACUGGGGGCGCUUUCACAUGCUCUGGAGCAGUGGGAGGGGGCCGCUCUGAGGGCCAGGGAUGGCCUGGAGGGGGCCCUUGCUGCAAAUGAAGCUUCAGAAGAGGAAUACGAACGUCUCACUGCCUGCCUGGAGGACAAGCUGAAGGAGUUCGAUGGACAUCUGAGGGGGUGGAGCCAGGAGCUGGUUAAAGCUGAAGGGCGGAGUAAUGGCGAGGAGGCAGUGGAGGGGUGGAAGCUGGCCAAGGAGAUUCUGGAGGGCUUGCAGAGUGCUGAGCUGAUGGCAGAAAAGUUGAAAAGCCAACUGAACGACCUGGUGCAGUACUCCAGAGACCUGGGCUCACAAUCAGACCGGGUCACUGCGCUUAUCAAGCAGCACAACAGGAGUUCCUGAGUGACAGAGAGAACGGCCAGGCCAGACUGAGUACAGUAGGAGCCAGCGGGGAGCUCCUGAUGGCUGUAGUGUCCAAAGAUAGAGUGGAGGGGAUCAAGGCCAAGGUGGCAAACGCCAGAGAGGACUGGAAGAGCCUGAUGAACAACCUGCAGACGAGGGAAGAUGCUCUCAAGAACCUGCAGUCCCAGAUGACAGCGUUCGAGGACAGUGCCGAGCCUCUGCAGGAGUGGUUUAACGGCACAGAGGUCAGAGUUCAGGAGAGCAACGCUCGGCUGCACGACCUUCCAGCCAAGAAACAGGAGCUUAGCAAGUUACAGUGUGUGCUGGAGGACAUGGUCAGUCGGGAGGUAGAGCUGGGCAGGUUGAGAGAAAGAGCUCACCAUCUCUGGGAGGCACAAGCAGCCGGCAAAGGCUUCGUUCACAGAGUUUCUCAGCUGUCAGCUCAGUAUCUAGCCCUCAGCAACUUAACCAAGGACAAAGCCUCCAGGAUUGAACGCAUCGUUGGGGAGCACCAGCUUUUCUCUCAGGGGCUUAAGGAGCUUCAGGACUGGGUGUGUGAGGCACAGAGGAUCAUCAGCGUCUGCACCUCCGCCACUUCAGACAAGAGUGUGCUGGAGGACCGCAUGUUACAGCUGGAGGCCUUACUGGCUGCUCGUCAGGAGAGGGAGAUCCAGCUAAAAAUGCUCCUGACUCGCGGAGAGGCAGUCCAAAGAAAUACUUCAGCUGAGGGGGUCCCAGUGAUCCGCAAACAGAUCCAAGACCUCAAAGACUCGUGGGACUCGUUGCUUUCUGCUUCGAUCCAGUGUAAAAGUCAGCUGGAAGGCGCUCUGUCGCAGUGGACCAGCUAUCAGGAAGACGUGGAGCAGUUUCAGCAGUGGAUGGAUCGGGUCGAAGAAACACUGAGCUGCUCUGACAGGCAAUACUCAGAGAUGAGAGAUAAAACUGCCAACCUUGGAAGGACGAAGCUUCUGUAUGAGGAAGUUUUAAGUCACAGCAGUCCUCUGGAGACCAUUGCCACAAAAGGAUCCAACAUGGCUGAACAUUACACAACCCAGCAGGAGGUGCAGCAGCUACAUUGUCGAUACAACACACUCAGAGAAAAAGCUGAGAAUGCUGUUAGUAAGGCCAAUGAGCUCGUAAUGGUUCAUCAGGAAUAUCAAAGGGGGUUGCAUGUGUUUGAGGACUGGCUGGAGCGAGAACUGGCCUCUUUGGCAUUGUUGUCUCAUCCAGAAGGGAGCGUGGACACACUUGAGAAAACGCUGCAGCAGCUACAGAGCCUGCAGGAAAACUGCACCAAAGGCCAGUCUUUGCUCACUUCGGUGCUGACCAGCAGAGAGAGAGUUAUCCCCUGGGGGGUACCUCAGAUUGAGGACCGAGCUCUGGACACUGCAAAACAAGAGUGGGCGGCCCACCAGAACCGCCUAGAGGAGACUAGGGCCCAGCUGCACUCCACACUAACCCGACUGAGGCAAAUGGGCCACAGGUUCUUAAACCUAGCUCAGUGGUUAGAGGACACAGAGAAGAUGGUCAACAUCAGAAAUAAUCAGCGUUCAGACAGAACUACAAAGCAAAUUCAGCUGAAGAAACUUCAGGGCUAUCUUGAGGCAGUGCUUGCACAGCAGGGAGAAGUCGAUGGUCUCUCAUCUUUAGCCCAGCAGGUUCUGGAGGAAACCUACAUUAGCAGUCGUGUCAGUGUUACUGCCACCCAGCUGACCACCCGCUACCACUCCCUGCUGCUCAGCAUCCAGGAUACAAUCAAGCAGCUACAGGAGGAGUUAAAAAGCAUAGAAGAGGCAGAAAAUCUUUGCGUGUCAUUCACCGAGUGGCUCGGCUCGACUCAAAAAAUCUUCACAAAGCUAACUGACCAUUCUGAACCUCUGGACCGGGCCACCAUGGAAAAGAAGAUGAAGAAACUAGAGACUCUCCAGUCUGAGCUUCAGCAUGGUCACAAUUUCCUGAAAUCGCUGAGGGAGCGUGCAGAGCAGGCAGCGGGCUUCCUGGACGAGGCCGGCGCUGAGAGUUUAGGAGGCGAGGUAGAGGCACGUCUUGCUCAGCUGGAGGAGCUCGCCGGAGGACUCAGACAGGAGCGCAGCUUCCUGGAGCGUGCCGUACUGCUAGCAAAGGAGUUUCAGGACCGGUACAAGGCUCAGGUCCAGUGGCUUGUAGAAACCAGAGCUUUGCUCAGCACCCCAGUGGAGCCUAAGGCUGAACUGUAUCAACGCAGAGCACAGCUGGCCAAGUAUAAGGCUCUUUUGCAGAUGGUUCAGUCUCACGAUGGAUCAAUCAGGUCAGUGAUCGAGAAGGGAGACACUUUGCUGGCUUCAGUCCACUACCCCUCCGUUAGGGACAAAAUGCACCGACUGCAAAAGGACAACGCUGCACUCUGUAAUGCUGCAAUGGCUCAUGUGGAGAAUCUGGAAAGCCAGGUGAAGGAACAGGAAGCUUACCACACCGAGCUGCAGGUAGUGGAGCGCUGGCUGCUGCAGAUGUCCAGCAGGAUGGUGACUCCUGAUCCAAGCAUGAGCAGCAGCCUGGAGGCAGCAACUCAACAGCUGGCUAGGCACAAGGCCAUCAUGGAGGAGAUUGCGGGCUUUGAGGAUCGCUUAGCGUGUCUCAAAGAGCAAGGAGACCGCCUGGUACAAGGCUGCAGUGACCGCGUGCAGAGCCGGCUGAGACAGCAGGUCCAGACUCACCAACAAGGCAUCAGAGACAGCUACUCUGCCAUCUGUAGCACAGCUCAGAGGGUGUAUCAGAGUCUGGAUCAUGAGCUACAGAGACAUGCUAGUCUGCAGGAUGCUUUGCAGCAGUGCCAAACCUGGCUCAGCUCUGUUUCAGAAAAACUGGAGCCUCAUACAGAACCUUCUCUCAGCCUCGAGGAAGCUCUGCAGCAGGUGAAGCAGGAGAGGACUCUGCAGGAGCAGGCCAGCACAUACCUCCAGCUCUUGUGUUCAGCUUGUGACCUGGGCGAACCCAGGGUCAGGGAGGCUGCAGGAGCUAUCCAGCAGAUCAAACUGCAGAUUGAGGAGCGCAUGCUUCUUUGUGAAGAUGUAGCAGACAGCUGGAGGGACAUCGAGGAGCAGAAGGCAGAUCUAGAGACCCAGCUGAGAGAGACAGAGCAGCAACUUCAGAACCUGAUCAGGAGACCUGCAGAGCUGGAGCCUAAGAUUGCACAGAACCAGCUGGACAAAGCACAGGAGUUCCUGCAGCAGAUUAAGGAGAAACAAAUGGAGGCAACUCGUUUAAACGAAGCCAUCAGCAAGUUGACAGGUGGACAGGUCUCUCCUGUCCUGGAGGAGAUAAGGAGACUGAAAAAAGGCUGGAUGGAGCUGGGCCAGCGGGCUGAGGAGUUGGAAGCUCAGAGGGGGGAAGACAUGCAGCGAAGUGGAGAGUACCAGGAGAGCGUAGCUUCUGUGGAGGAACUCUUUCACCAAGUAUCCAGGGAAUGGGACUACCUCGCCAGGGCUGACACGGAGAGUACAAGUGAACAUCUAGAGGCUCUGAGGAAGCUUGCCAGUGACCUAGAAGAUCAGAGAGAAACACUUGAAGACCUCAGAGACCAGAGACAAUCCAUCCUGCCUCGACUCAGCCUGCUAGACAAAGAACUGAUCAAGCAACAGGUGGGUCAUUUGGAGCAGCGCUGGACCCAGCUGGAAACCCUCAUUCUGCAGAAAAUUCAGGACUCUGCUCAGACACUUGACGAUCUCGUUCGGGUGGAGACCCAGCUGAGGGAUGCCAGAGAGUGGGUGGAGAAACAGCGACCUGCUCUGACCUCCGCGCUGCGAACCAGCCCUCCGCCAGAUCUCGCUCAGAGUUUCCUGUUUGACCAUCUGAGCGUUUGCGUGGAACUGGAGGCCCGUCAGCAGCUGCUGGCUCAGGCGGUGAGCGAAGCCCAGACGGUGGCCUCCAGACUCGGGCUGAGUGAGAAGAGAUGCUUGCAGGAGCUUGUUGAACAAGCCCAGAUGGAGGUGGAGGCUCUCGGGGCUCGAGCUGCUCAAAGGAGGAAGUACCUCACCAAGGCUUUUACAGAGCGAACACAGUUCCUUCAAGGUCUGGGGAGAGCCUUAUCUUGGGUAAAGCAGCAGGAGAGGAAGGCUUUGAUAGAUGACCACAUUGCAUUGCUUCCUGAGGACCUGAGCAAACAGGUUGCUGCAUGUCGGGGUGUCCAGAGCGGAUUACGAGCUUACCAGAGGGAGCUGGCAUCACUCUGGGUACAAGGACGAGAGCUAGAAAGGGAUGCCGCCGACAAAGAGAGAACUGAAACACUGGCAAGGCUCGAGGAGCUUCAAGCGGCCUUCGAGACUGCCCUCCAGAGAACCACCCGGCGUCUGGCAAGCUUAGAAAAAGCUCUGACCUCAAGGAAGUACUUUCAGGUCGACCUGGACAAGACCUGCCACUGGUUGAGACGAGCAGACGCCAUAACGUUCCCAGAAAUCAAUUUCAGCAGAGUUGACGAGGGCUCCGAUUUGCAAACGCAGCUGUCUAACUUUCAUAGUGUCUUAGAACAGGCCUCAGAGUACGAGAACCUCCUUCUUAUUGUCCAAAGAAUCGGCCAGGAGAUCCUCCCUACUCUGAACGAGAUCGACCACUGCUACCUGGACGAGCGGCUCAACGCCCUGCCGCAGCACUACAACUCCAUCCUCGCUCUGGCCAAAGAGAAAAAAGACAGAGUCCAGCAGAUGAUCCUAGAGAGAAAGGAGUUCAGCACUUUCCUUGAUAUAACUCGCAAUGCCCUGCAGGAACUGCAGGAGCAGUUUGACAAUCUGGAGAAGCAGACUAUCAGUACAGUAGAGGAAGACUGUGUUAGAUUAAUGAAUAAAUAUAGAAGUAUUGAUGAAAGUUUAGUUCACAUCAGCCCUGCUGUUAGGGAACUUUAUGGGAAAAACGAGGGGUUUCUCAUCAGGGGUCAUCAGGUCAGAGUGGAGGAGACGCAGCAGCUGGUUGUUCUCCACAACACCCUGAAGAGGAGGAAUGAUCAGAAGAUCAAACAUCUCAAUGAAUGCUUGGGAAAACUAGCCAACCAUAACAGGGUGAUAUCCACAUUAUGCUCAAAAUUAAAAUCUUGCAAAGAGGCGCUGCUCAAAGUAAAAUCAAACAAAGAUUUAAGCACUUCGGAUAAAAUCGCUCAUCUGUAUUCGCUGCUGCAAAGUCUAGAUGACAUGAGAUCUCAGGUUGAGGAACCUUACGAAGAGGCCAAAUCUCUCAAUCUGAAGUUUGAAGCCGCUGCUUUUCAGGAAACUACGCUGCACCUUGAGUCGCUGCAGUCUCUGCAUCGUGACGUCACGUCUUUUGUUGGAAAAAGUGAAACUGGAGUGAAAAACGGAGAUGAUUUUACAAGUGAGGCCGAGAGCACGUUGAACGGGUUGAAGAGUCUUAAAGACGAACUGAAGGAGCCUUUAAUCUUCUCAGAGGUGAAAACUGAGAGGAUGCACGAGGAGAAGCGGAAGCUGAAAAUCAUGGAGGAGGAAAUGAAAAGUAUAUCGAGGGCAGUGGAUUUCUUGAGUGUCAAAACAAAGCAAACGUAUGAAAGUAGAAAAGAAAACGUUCCUGCCCACGUGAACGAGAAACUGCAGGAGCUGAUAAAUCUGGGAGCUGAAGUUCAGCAAGAAAUUAGUGCAAAACAGCUUGCUGUAGAUCAGGCUCACGCUCUCGUCCAGAGACACCACUUAUCUCUACAGUCCAUGCAGAAAUGGCUGGACUCUGUAGCAGAUCUGCUCCAAGGGACCGGUUCAGGGGUGGACCCUGAGAACCACACAGACUGCAUGCAAGACCUUGAGGAAGUUUUAGCCCAGGAGAAGAACUUCACAGCUGGCUUAGAGGAGUUAAAGACUUUGGAUCCUCUGUUGGUUGAUUUUAUGGACGCAGCAGUGAUGAGUGGGUUCAGAGAAAAGGUUCAGUCAAUGCAGACGAUGAAGUCAGAACUCAAACAGCAAGUGGAUGCUUACAGAGAAGUACUUCAGAGGUGUGGUGCUCUGUGGAGCUCCUUUCAAUGUGAAAAAGAGGCACUGGUUGAACACAUGAAUGAUUUAGAGAGCGACAUGGCCUUGUUCACUACAGCUAAAGCCAUCAGUGUCCACAAGGCAGAGGACAAGUGUCAAAGAUACAAGUCUCUGGUGGCUCAGAUCGACAUGCUGCAGUUGCCUCUGAAUGCUUUGAAGGAGAACGUAACAGAGUUGGAUCAAAUCAUCUCUGAAUCCAGCCAAGCUCUCACCAGCCACAUCAUGUCGUCACUAUGGCAACGAUGGACGAGGCUCCGCUGCGUUGCCCGAGCCCAGGAGAGGGUACUGGUGGACACUGUGAGGGAGUGGAGAAACUUCAUAGAGAAGAUGGAGAAGGUUCGUUCUGUGUCCAAGGACCUCCGCGGUCGUGUUCCUGAGAGUACAGUCGAGAAGGCAGCCACCAGGGCGGCGCUCCAGAGCCUGCUGGAGUACCACGACUCCUUCAGCCAGGAGGUGGAGAAGGAGCAGUCCACACUGGCCCUGCUGGGGCAGCAGACCCGCUGCCUCAGAGGAGAGGCUGAGAAGGAGGUGCUGUUUGAGAAGAAGACGGAGAAUGGACAUGAAGAGACGACGUGCCUUCAGGAGAUCAGGAGCAUGCAGGAGCAGUACGACAGCUUGUUGUUACAGGUGCGUUCCAGCAGGGCUCAGGUCCAGCAGGAGCUCAGGGAAAGGGAGGAGGUUGAGAAAGAACUGGGAUUAGUGAAAGGCUGGAUCCAAGACACGCGUGGCUUACUGCUGAGCCCGACUGCAGACCUGGACUCCCUGCUGCAUGAGCUGGAGACGGCUCAUGGCGAGGUCAUCAGCAGGCGUCAGAGUGUGGAGCGCAUGACGGAGCUGCAGCAGUCCAAGUAUCAGGACCUGCAGGCUGGUCUCCCCUCUGAGCUCAGCAUGCAGUUAGCUGAGGUGGCUCUGGCUCUGGGAUCUGCUGAAGACCAGGUACAAGCAAGGGAAAGGGAAGUCCAGCAGACCAGGGAUGUGAAAGAGGACUUCAGCUGCAGACUUCAUGACAUCGAAGCAAAGCUGAAGACCAUCGCUGUGAAACUGGAAGACAAGGGCCUUGACCUGGAGGAGGCCAAAGAAGAGACCACAGCUCUUGGUGAAGAAUGUGAAUCCUGUCGUGGUGCUCUGGCAGAGUUAGGAGUUGCUGUUCAGGAGUUUGGAGAGCAGAACCCACUGCUGUGUAAGCAGCUCGGAGACGCUGUAAAUAAACUGACCGAAGUGCAGCGCCACGUCACACAGCAGGCCCAGGAAAAAGCCAACAGGCUGAAGAAAGCUGAAAGACAGGUGGAGGAAUAUCAGAGCAUGAAGACCUUCAUUUUGAGCUGGGUGCAAAAAGCUGAGGCUCUGAUCAGCAGCAAUAUCAUCUGGAGCUCUGCAACUCAGCUGCAGGAGCAAAUUCGAGCGCAUCAAGCGUUACUGAGGGAGUGUCGCGGUCUCCAUGGUGACUUGGAGGUCAUGGGGGAGCGGGAGGGGCAGCUGGCGGAUGUGUUGCAAACGGAGGUAUGGAGCCAGCAGGUGAAACACCUCAGCCGACGCACCGAGGAGCUGCAGCAAUCUGCUAAGAGCCGCCUCCAGAAUCUGCAGGAUGCAGCAAAAGACAUGUUGCGUCUUGAAGCUGAGGUGAAGUGCUUGCACGCUGCUGUAGAUCAGAUCCAGGUUGCACUUGCAUCCCCUGAUCUCAACAAGCUCAGUCUCAGGGAGCAGCUCACGCAGAGACAGUGCCUGCUGGUGGAAAUGGAGAGCUUCAAACAGCAGGUGGCUGCUGUACAGCAGAGUCAGAGUGCCCUCCGGCUACCAGAGGAGGCCGUGGCCAGUCUGUCGAUCUGCCGCACGGCUCAGACUCUGCAGCAGGAGGCCAGCCAGCUGCAGCAUACCACCAUCCAGCAGUGCAACAUCCUGCAGGAGGCUGUGGUCCAGUAUGAGCAGUACGAACAGGAAGUGAAGAACCUCCAGAGGUUAAUAGAAGAUGCUCAUCGCAUCAUUCAGGACCGGCCCGUCUCCACCAACAAUAUCCAAGAACUUCAGGCUCAGAUUCACCAUCAUGAGGAGCUGACCCAGAAGAUCCGUGGCUACCAGGAAAAGAUCGCCUCGCUCCACUCCAAGUGCAAGAUGCUGACGGUGAAGGCCAAACACGCCACCAUGCUCCUGACCGUCAGCGAGGUGGAGGGCCUCUCGGACGGCAUGGAGGAGCUGAGUGACGAGGAGCUGCACAACGUCGUCCCCAACUCCACCUCGGACGCCAGCAAGCAGCUCCCAGCUCACCCCUCUGUGGUCAUGAUGACAGCCGGCCGCUGCCACACACUCCUCUCCCCCGUGACAGAGGAGUCAGGGGAGGAGGGCACCAACAGCGAGGUCUCCUCUCCCCCUGCCUGCCGCUCCCCUUCUCCGGGGGCUAACACUGACGUUAACCAGGGUCGAGGCGCCCUGAACCGAGCACCCCUCCAGGAACUCUAUGACCCCUCACUGGAAACCAGCGCUGCCAAUUUGGACGACCUGCAGAGAUCCUGGGAAACGCUCAAAAACGUGAUAAGCGAGAAGCAGAAGAGUCUGUACGAAGCUCUGGAGCGGCAGCAACACUAUCAGGAAUCCCUCCAGUCCAUUUCCACCAAGAUGGAGUCCAUCGAAGGAGCUCUCAAUGAGGGCCUGGAACCUAAAAAGACCCCAGAGAGCCAGAUGGCAGCACACCAGGCUCUUAUGGAUGAAAUUAUGAUGCUGCAGGAUGAGAUCGGAGAGCUGCAGACAUGCUUCUCUGAGGAGCUGGCAGAUAACGACAACGAUGGGAAGGCUGGUGACCAGCUGGCCCUUCAGUCCACUCUCACCGUCCUGGGAGAGAGGAUGGCCACCAUUCGCAUGAAGGCUUCUGGGAAACGGCAGCUGCUGGAGGAGAAACUAAGUGAGCAGUUGGAGGAGCAGCGACAGGAACAGGCACUGCAGCGUUACCACAGCGAGGCAGAGGAGCUGGACCACUGGCUGCUCAGCACCCGGGCCACCCUCAGCUCUGCCCUUCAGCCCCAGAAUGAAGACAUGGACAUGGAGGAGCAGCUCAUCGACUGUCAGAACAUGCUGUUUGAGAUCGAGCAGAAAGUCUCCUACCUGUCGGAGCUCUCCAUCCACAGCGAGAGCUUACUGCUGGAGGGUCGGGCCGAAACCAAAGAAGAGGCGGAGCAGCUCACGCUCAAACUGCACUCCCUCAAAGAGAGCCUGUUGGAGCUGCAGCAAAUGCUGCAGGACAAACAGGUCGACAUCCAGGGUUCAUUGCAGGAGCAAGAGGACAGUGAGCCAGACUCGUCCCUGUCUCAGAGUCCAAACGUCCAGGACUGGUUGUCUCAGGCUCGCUCGACCCGCUCUCAGCAGCACCACGACAACCUGCUUCGAAAGAGGGAGCUGCAGGAGCAGGUGGAGAAACAGAAGAAGCUGCUUCAGUCUGUAGCCAGUGUUGGGGAGGAGCUGCUCACCCUGCAGAGCACAACGAACGGAGAAAGUGAGAUGUCUGUUCCUGGCGGGGUGUUGUUGGAGGCUGAGACGUUGUCUCCUCUGGACCAGAUGAGACAACGAUGGGAAAACUUAAAUAAAGACCAGAGCACAAAGCUUCAGCUCUCCCUCAACUCCUUAGAACAAGACCAGCUCAGCCCAGUCCUUCACCGGUCUCGUCUGACCAGUCCAAGUGUGGUGUUUAAGAGCGAGGCUUCCAGUCAGGAUUCUUCCUCUCCUCGAGCGCUGUUUGAGGCCUGCAGCCAGACUCUAGAAAGAAUCAAAGAAGAGGCAGCAGGCAGUGACGGCAAACUGACGACAUCGUUUGGAGGGACAACCGUUCAGCAGGAUCUGUACGCUGCGGUAUCAGCUGCCUCCUCCUGGUUAGAUGCAGCCGAGAAUCACCUGCUCUCUGGUCCUGUGCUGCUGUCAGAAGACACAGAGACUCAGCUCACGAGCUUAGAGGGUCUGAAUAAACAGCUAAAGGAGUUAACUGGAGAGGUGAACCAGUGCAGAGACGUCCUGGGUGGAGGAACAGCUCGGCUGUGUGGAGGAGAGGAGGGAGCCUUGAUGGAGGACACGCUGGAGGGUCUGCAGGAGAGGAUGGGCCUCCUGGACUCGGCUCUGGAGCAACACUGUGACGGCAUGAGGGACAGACUGCAGGACCACUCAACUUUCCAGAAUGAGCUGAGGAUGUUGUUCGCAGCGCUGACUGAAUGUAAACAUCAGCUGCUGCAUAAGUUGGCUGGAACAACAGAGAGGCCUGCAUCCAAACAGAUAGAGAUGUUGGCAGAGGUGGAGAAUAGCUUAAGGGAGUUCGAACAGAGACUGACUGAGCUGCGGAGCCGAGCAGAUGGACACCAAUCAGAUCAAACCUCCAACCAGGAGCUCCUAAAACUACAAGAUGUAUACGAGGAGCUGGUGCUCAGGGUGGGCUCCAGACGAAGCAGCCUAAACCAGGGCUUGUCUCUGAAGGCUCAGUAUGAAGCUGCGCUCCGUGACCUCACAAACCUGAUUGACACUGCUCAAGACAAGAUGGCGGCUGACCAAAAAAUGACAGUGGCUUCAGUCAUGGAGGUCCAGAUCUUACUGGAAAAGCACAAAGAGUUUUUCCAGGGACUUGAAUGCCAUAUGAUCCUCACUCAGACAUUUUACAGCAAAGUGUCGAACCUGGUGGCACAAAGAGAAACCCAAGCCCUCGAAGAAACCAUGACUUUAGCCCAAAAUGUGCUCAAGCAAGCUCACAGGAGGGGGGUGGAGCUGGAAGGCAUCUUGGAGUCGUGGAGCAGGCUCAUGGAGGAUUAUCAGGCUUUGUGCAGACAGUUGGAGGCUGUGGAGUGUAGCAUCCCCACUGUGGGUCUGGUUGAAGAGACAGAAGAGAGGCUUAUUGAACGGAUCAGUCUCUACCAGCGUCUGAAGGCGAGUCUCGCAGAGCAUCAGCCCCAGCUGUACCAGGUUCUGGAGCAGGGCAAGAGACUUCUUCUGUCUGUCAGCUGCUCCGACUUGGAGAACCAGCUGACCCAGUUGGGAGAACACUGGCUUUCCUCCACCACUAAAGUCAACAAGGAGCUGCACCGUCUCGACUCGACGCUCAAACACUGGAGCAGGUACCUGAGUGAAUCUGCAGAGUUGAGCCACUGGUUGCAGUUUGCUCUGGACAGGCUGGAGUUCUGGACGACCCAGUCGGUGACCGUACCUCAGGAGCUGGAGACAGUUAGAGACCACCUGUGUGCCUUCCUGGAAUUUUCCAAAGAGGUGGAUGCUAAGUCGUCUUUGCGUUCAUCUGUGUUGAGCACGGGCAACCAGCUUCUGCGACUGAAAAGAGUGGACGCAGCUGGUCUGAGGACGGCGCUGGGCCAAAUCGACACUCAGUGGGCAGAGCUGCUCACUCGUAUUCCUGUAGUGCAGGAGAAACUGCACCAGCUGCAAAUGGAGAAGCUGGCAUCUCGACAUGCCAUCGCAGAACUAAUGAGCUGGAUAUCUCUCAUGGAGAACAUCAUAGGGGAAGAUUACAACAAAAUCAUGGGUGCUGUGGGCUCAGAGGUGGUCCAGAACUUCUUGCAGAAGUACAAGGGUUUUCGCAUAGAUCUGACUUGUAAGCAGUUGACGGUGGACUUUGUGAACCAGUCUGUGCUGCAGAUCAGCAGUCAGGAUGUGGAGGGAAAACGCAGAGACAAAACAGACUUUGCUGAGAAGCUGGGAGCUAUGAACAGAAGAUGGCAGAUACUGCAGGGGCUAAUUACUGAAAAAAUUCAGCUUUUGGAAGGACUUGUGGAAAGUUGGUUAGAGCACGAGAACGGAGUCCAGGCUUUGAAAAUCUGGCUCACGAUGCAGGAGGAGAAAUUAAAGAAGAAGCACAGGAUAGAGGAUGUAGCAUCAGUGCAGAAUGCAUUAAAAGACUGUCAGGAAUUGGAAGACUUGGUGAAGGAUAAAGAAAAGGAUUUGGAGAAAGCAGAGGAAAGAGGAAAUGCUCUGAUCCAGAAUAAGGAAGGUGAAGCCUGCUCUGUCGUAAAGGAGACCCUCAAAGGACUGAACCAGUCCUGGGCUCAUUUGGACCACAUGAUAAGUCAGAUGAAGUUGAGUCUGCGGUCAGUGCUGGAGCAGUGGACUCUGUACCGGCGAGCUUCAGAAGAAAUAAACGGUUACCUGAUGGAGGGAAGAUAUUCUGUGUCCAGGCUGCGACUCCUUAAUGGGUCUUUAGAGGCAGUGCAGCAGCAGGUGGAAAAUCUGGAGAACUUACAGGAGGAGUUGGAUAAACAGGAGAGUAGUCUGAGGAAGUUUGGAUUGGUAACUCACCAACUGCUGACUGAGUGUCACCCGUCUGUAGCUGAAACACUUAACAGAGCACUUCAAGACGUUAAUGUCAGGUGGAAUCACCUUCUUGAGCAGAUCUCAGAGCAGCUGAGGAGCAGUAAGACCUUGUUGGGUCUGUGGCAGCGCUACAGAUCCACGUACAGCCAGUGUUUGACGGCACUUCAGAAGCAGGAAGAACGCGCUGAACGUCUGCUGAGGAGCGCCACUGACAGGGACAUCACUGAGGAGGACAGCAGCACCUGGAUAAAAAGCUGUGAUGACUGCCUGAGUGACCAAGAUUCAGUGCAGCAGGCCCUCCAGCAGCUGCAAGCAGUCGGAGAACAGCUGAGGAGCCAAGUGGACGCCUCCUCCUCUGCAUCUCUCACGUCUGACCACCUGUCACUCACUCAUCGCCUUGCAGCACUCGAGCACACCCUUCACAGGCAGAGAGAAGCACUGCAGCUCGGAUCUCAAGCCUGUGGAGGUUUCAAGGAGCAGCUGGACACGUUGAUAAGUGGAGCACAGGAGGCUGAGGAAGUGCUGAAGGAGUCUGACCCGGUCGGCUCACCUGAACUCACUGUGGUCCAGUCACGUAUGGAAGAACUUAAGGUGCAUCUGCUGAAGCUGAGCAGUCUUUCUCCAGACCUGGAACGGGUUAACGAGUUGGCGUACAGAUUACCGGUCAGCGACAAAGAUGUUAAACGGCUCCAGAACCUCAACAGAGCCUGGGCCUCCCACUCUGCUCACCUCACGGAGAGGUUCAGUAAACUGCAGUCAGUUCUGCUCCAGCAGCAGAGUUUCCUCCAGAAGUGUGAGGCCUGGAUGGAUUUCCUCUCUCAGACUGAACAGAAACUGGCGGCUGAGAUUUCAGGCAACUACGAGAGUCUGUUGGAGCAGCAGAGAGACCACGAGCUGUUCCAGGCGGAGAUGUUCAGCAGGCAGCAGGUUAUUUACUCCAUCAUCAGCGACGGGCAUCGUUUGCUGGACUUGGGACAAGUGGACGACAGUGAUGAUUUCAGUGUGAAGCUGGCCUUGCUGAGCAAUCAGUGGCAGUGUGUGGUGCGGCGGGCGCAGCAGCGGAGAGGCAUCAUCGACAGUCUGGUGCACCAGUGGCAGAACUACAGGGAGAUGUCAGAGAAGCUGCGGCGAUGGCUACAGGAGUUGAGCUGUGAUCCAGACGUCCUUCAGCCAGGAGAAAUGAUGGCCCUGCAGCAGGCUAGAAACUUAUUAGGUCAAAUACAGCUGAAAGAACGAGUCCUCCAGAGGCAACAGGGCGUCUACAUCCUGACUGUAGAGGCCGGCAGGAGCCUGCUGCUGUCAGCUGACGUCACGUCUGAGUCCACGCUGCAGACCGAGCUCAUGGAGAUACAGGAGAGGUGGAGGCACGCCCACCACCACCUGGACCAGCAGAGGAAGGAGCUGCAUGGCUUGAUUAAGAACUGGGAGCGUUGUGAGAAGGGCAUCGACGUGUCUCUGGAGAAGCUGAGGGCCUUUAAAAGGAAGCUGUCCGUGCCGCUGCCUGAACAUCACGAGGAGCUUCACGCAGAACAAAUCAGAUGCAAGGAGCUGGAGAGCAGUGUGGAAGGUUGGACUGAUGACCUCACUUCCUUGUUCCUGCUGAGGGAUUCCUUUGAGGGCGUGGUCAGCGCUGAUGACAUCACAGCCUUACAGGAACGCCUGCAGCUGCUGCAGCGCCAGUGGGAGGAGGUCUGCCACCAGGUUUUUUUGCGCCGGCAACAGGUGAGCGAGAAGCUGAACGAGUGGGCCGUUUUCAAUGAGAAGAACAAGGAACUGUGCGAGUGGCUCACCCAGAUGGAGAGCAGAGUCUCUCAGAAUGGAGACAUCAGCAUUGAAGAGAUGAUUGAAAAGCUGCGCAAGGACUAUCAAGAGGAGAUCGGUGUAGCUCAGGAAAACAAGCAGCAGCUGCAAGCGAUGGGUGAGCGCCUGGCCCGGGCCAGCCAAGACAGCAAGGCAGCCGAAAUUCAGCACAAACUCAGCAAAGUCAGCGAGCGCUGGCAACACCUGCUGGACCUGAUCGCAGCCAGGGUGAAGAAGUUGCGGGAGACCCUGGUGGCGGUGCAGCAGUUAGACAAAAACAUGAGCAGCCUGCGCUCUUGGCUUUCUUACAUCGAGGCCGAGCUCUCCAGGCCCAUCGUCUACGACACAUGCAACAGCCAGGAGAUUCAGAGGAAACUCAACCAACAGCAGGAGCUGCAGCGAGACAUAGAGAAGCACAGCACGGGCGUGGCGUCGGUAUUGAACCUGUGUGAAGUGCUGCUGCAUGACUGCGACGCCUGCUCCACCGAGACGGAGUGCGACUCCAUCCAGCAGGCCACCAGAGGCCUGGACCGACGCUGGAGGAACAUCUGCGCCAUGUCCAUGGAGAGGAGACUCAAGAUUGAGGAGACGUGGAGGCUGUGGCAGAAGUUUCUGGAUGAUUACUGCAGGUUUGAGGAGUGGCUGAAGACCUCUGAAAAAACAGCAGCUCUGCCCAACUCCUCUGGAGUACUGUACACCGUCGCUAAAGAGGAGCUCAAGAAGUUCGAAGCCUUCCAGCGUCAGGUGCAGGAAUGUCUGACCCAGCUGGAGCUCAUCAACAAGCAGUACCGCCGCCUGGCCCGGGAGAACCGGACAGACGCUUCAUGCCAUCUCAAAGAAAUGGUGCAUGAUGGGAACAGGAGGUGGGAUAACCUGCAGAAAAGAGUGGCUGCCAUCUUGCGCAGACUUAAGCACUUCAUUGGUCAGAGGGAGGAGUUUGAGACGACGCGGGACAGCAUCCUGGUGUGGCUCACUGAGAUGGACCUGCAGUUAACCAACAUCGAGCAUUUUUCUGAGUGUGACGUUCAGGCCAAAAUAAAACAGCUCCGGGCCUUCCAGCAGGAGAUUUAUCUGAACACAGCAAAAAUAGAGUUGGUGUUCAGGCAGGGCGAAGCGCUGAUCGAGAAGAGCGAGCCUCUGGACGCCGCUGUAAUCGAGGAGGAGUUGGAGGAGCUGCAGAGAUACUGUCAGGAGGUGUUCGGACGAGUGGACAGAUACUACAAGAAGCUAACGCGGCUACCUCUGGUGGAUGAUGAGCUCGAUGGUUCAGACAGAGAGCUGGACAUGGAGGACAGGGGAGACCUCACUGAGAUGCAGUGGGGUGAGGCCUCCUUGCCUCGGACGUCCAGCCGUCCGUCCUCAGGCGCGGCGGCGGCCAUCAUUCGGGCUGACCGCUCGGGUCGAGACACCCCGGCCAGCGUGGACUCCAUCCCCUUAGAGUGGGACCACGACUACGACCUGAGCAGAGACCUGAGUAGAGACCUGAGCAGAGACCUGGAGAGUCCCGGAGGGCGGGGGGAGAGGAGCCGAGGGCCGGAGGACGAGUACCUGAGGACGUCAGCGGCGGUGCUCUCAGGGGAGCCAGGUCAGCUGGAGGCCAGUCUGAGACAGCUGGAUCAGGCUCUGGAUGCAGGACGCUACCACCUCCAGCAGAGGGAGGCCGCCGCCAACCGAUCCAGCCCCGACGUCGACUCCACGUACAUGGGCUACAUGCGUCUGAUGGGAGACUGUCGAGGCAGCAUCGAUGCCGCGAAGAGAGCAGAGGAAGAGCUUACCGAAGACGAGGAUGACAUGACGGGUCUCACCAACCCUACCGGUACUGACGCACAGAACGCAGGUGUGAUUGAGCGCUGGGAGCUGGUCCAGGCUCAGUCUCUUAGUGAGAAGCACCGACAUAAACAAAACCUGCAGCAGUGGCAGCAGCUGAUUUCAGAUCUGCAGACCACAAGGGCCUGGCUGGGUCAGUCAGAGGCCGAACUGAGCCGACUGCGAGGGCUGGACGCCAGCACCAACAUACACAGCAUCCAGCAGAGGAUCAAGAAGCUCAAGGAGCUGCAGAAGGGAAUGGAAGCUCACAAGUCAGAGGUCCUCUCCAUAAACUUGAGCAGUGCAGAUUUCCUCCAAUCAGAGCCCGACUCUGAGGAGGCCUGGGAGCUGCGGGACCGGCUGAAAGAGAUGAACUCGCGCUGGGAUCGACUCGGCGCCUCGCUGGAGGACUGGCGGGAGGAGCUGCAGAGGGCGCUGAUGCAGUGCCAGGAGUUUCAUGAGAUGAGUCACGGCCUGCUGCUGUGGUUGGAGAACAUCGACCGCAGGAGGAACGAGGUGGUGCCUGUCCCUCUGAAAGCGGACCGCGAAACGAUUCGAGCUCAUCACGAAACACUGACGCAAAUCAAGCGUGAGCUGCUGGACUCGCAGCAGAAAGUCUCCUCCCUGCAGGAGCUGUCGGCGCAGCUGCUGGUCAACACCAAACCUCCGGGCGAGCGCGCGCCGGCUCAGAGCACCGAGUGUCUGGAGGCCCGGGAGAAGGUCCAUGUUAUCUGGAACCGGCUGAGGCUUCUGCAGAGGGAGGUCAGCUCAGAUCUGGAGGGGCUGAAGAGGAGACUGGAGGCUGUGGACACCCAGCAGGUCCGACGAGCGCAGGGUUGCUUAUCAGGACUAACCGGAAAACUAGAAAUCUGUGGAUCCACAAGUCCUGGAACAGAGAAGACCGUCCAAAGCCACAAACAACCGCCCCGAGCCAAAAGUAGUCAGGCCCACCCAGGACCCCCUGAGAGCGGCUCGCGCCACAGCCGGAGCCGAUCACCAGGCGCCGCUGGCUGCGUUUCCUCCCGUUCUGACCUUCCUGAUGGCGCCUCCUCCUCCUCCUCCAAGUACCAGUCCUUCCUGCUUCGGGUCUUUAAGGCCGCGCUCCCUGUCCACUUGCUCCUCCUGCUCCUCAUCGGCCUGGCCUGCCUGGUUCCUAUGACGGAGGAGGACUACAGCUGCCACCACGCCAACAACUUCGCCCGCUCCUUCCAUCCGAUGCUGCGCUACACCAACGGACCUCCACCCAUAUGAGGAGACGAAGACUUUACCAUCUCCUCUGACUCCUGUGAAUGUUUUCUCCUCACCUUGUGCCAGCUGAACACUUGACCCGCGUUAUGAAGUAAUUCAGUAAAAUGAAGACUUUUCACAUUAACGCUGCACAUCCUCCUCUCACAUUAACCCUUUAAAAAAAACAUUCAUCGCCAGAGCGCUCCUCCUCAGUCCAAAUAUUUCUUGUUUUAACCUAAAUGUGUAUAUUUUUAAAGUUUCUGACAAAAGGUGUGAAAUGAUUAAAAAAAAAGAAAUACUAUUUAUAUUAUUUAUGUUGGGAGCCAAAGUCAGCUGUGCUUUUCGUCCAUGAUAUAUCCAGUGCUGCUAGUAUUUAUUUAACGUUCAAUCAGCUAAUGUCUUGUUGGCACUGAUUAGGCUAAAGCCCCACCACGAGUGGGUGAGUGGGUGAAGGUGGGGUGUUGUACCUGUAAACUGUAGAGUAGACUUGCAGUUUGAGUAGCAAUUAUUCAGUCUGGGUGUGAAGAGUUUCAUUCCAAAAUGACACGUUUGAAGAUCUGCUCAGACAACAACAAAAAAAGGGACUGAAACGGC